AACCACAAAACAAAUCAAAAACCUUGCACUUUCUCCCCGUAUUAAAACACUGGUAAACCAAAAAAGGGGAAGUAAAAGUAAAAACCCAGAUCCUAAAACCCUUUUUGGAAGCCAUGAAAAGGGCUCUGUUGCGAAGCAUAUCAGUCACUACUGGCAGUUUUCUUCACUCUUAUACCAAAACUAGCCAAAGCCCUGUUCACUCCCUCACCCCAUUCGCCGCUUCAGCUCGCUCUCGACUUAGGUUCUACUCGUCCGAAUCGGAUUCUCCCGAUGAGAAGAAGACUGACCCAGUUGUUGCAUCUGCUUCAUUAGCUCAAGCCCAUGUCAAGGAUGUAGCUUUGAAUGUUGAGGAUGUGAAUAAUAAAGAGCUGAAAACACGAAUUGAGAAGUACUUCGAAGGGGAUGAGGAGGCACUCCCUUCAAUUCUUGAGGCCAUUUUGCAGAGAAAGUUGGUUGGGAAGCAUGAGGAGACAGAUGAUGAGUUGAUGGAAGAAAUGGAGAUGCAACCACUUGACGAUGUGGGAGAUAAAGAGUUUGAAUCGGAUUUUGAAGAGUUGUACUCAACUGAUGAAGAGAUUGAUGAUUUGUAUAAUGCCAGGGAUAUAGUCAUGAAGAGAAUGGUCAAGGAUGAGUACUUUAACAUGGAUGAUCAGAAGUGGGAUGAGAUGAUUAACGAAGCCGUUCAGCAUGGACAUCUUAAAGACACAAAGGAGUGUGAGGAGAUUCUUGAGGACAUGCUUAGCUGGGACAAGCUCCUCCCAGAUGAGAUGAAGAAAAAGGUGGAAGAAAGGUUUAAUGAGCUAGGUGACAUGUGUGAAAGAGGUGAGCUUGAAGUUGAAGAAGCUUAUGAGCAAUUCAAGGAAUUCGAGGAUCAGAUGGUCAUGGAAUAUGGAAGGAUGAUGGAAGCUGAGGGCCCACCAAAAUUUGAUGAGACUGCUGUGCCGGACAUGAAAAAGAACUUGGAUGACCCACCUGGUGAAGGGCCAAUCCUUAGGUGGCAAACACGGGUAGUCUUUGCUCCUGGUGGUGAUGCAUGGCAUCCCAAAAACAGAAAAGUAAAGAUGGCUGUUACAGUGAAGGAGCUUGGGCUUUCAAGGCAUCAAUUUCGCCGGUUACGAGCACUUGUUGGGAAGAGAUACCAUCCAGGCAAAGAUGAACUUACAAUUACUAGUGAGAGGUUUGAACACCGAGAAGAGAACAGAAAAGAUUGCCUUAGAACUCUCUUUUCUCUCAUUGAGGAAGCAGGUAAAGCUAACAAAAUGGCAGACGAAGCUCGCACUGCAUAUGUCAAGAACAGACUUAGAGCCAAUCCAGCAUUCAUGGAGAGAUUGCGUGCCAAGACGAAGAGAUUGCAAGAAUCUAGAACUCUGAAUGCAUGAAAGUUUAAUCUGCAAACUAUUUCAGACAAUUCACCAAUGCAUACUCACCCCAUUCUAUGGAUUGCACAACCCUUUUCAUUGAAGCUUCUCAGGAGGUUGUAGUUGAGCCAUUGUCAUGUUUUAUGGAGGAACCAGUGUAUUUCUUAUUUGCAAAUUUUGUUAACCAAUCUACAAAUUUCAUUUCUUUUAGAAAACAAUUAAAUAAACUCUCUUGGAUGCAUUUUGUUUCGUUACUCUU